UUCCUUUCCAGUCUAAGGGAUGGACCCUCCCUAGGGCCCUCAGGCCUAAUUUCUGGGCUCCCCGCCCCCUGGCUCUCUUCUCGUCAGUCACUGGAGGACACACGACCUCCCGUGAGCCGCCUCAGGACGCAGAGGAUCAGCGCUCGGCGCGCACUCGCUGCGAGGUCGAACGCGGGCCCUGAAGAUUGGCAGGGAACUGGCUCCGGCGGAGCUCUGCCUCCUCCAGGCGCAGCUGACCCUGUGGCCCUGCCUGCUGCCUUGCAGCCACAGCGCGGGAGUCGCUGGACGGAGCCGCCCCACGGAAGGUUCACGGCCGAGGCUAGCGAACCGCUGGCCGGAGUCCGGGGCGCCGGAAGCUGAGCUGAGAGGACAGAUACCGGAAGUCAGGGCGGCUUUGAGCCGACGCUCUAGAACCCGGAGGACCGGGAUCUCUGUGGUUGGAUGUGACGGAUCACCGUCUACCUGGGACCACGCAUUCCCAAGCGCCAGGCUUCCGGGGCCCAUCGGGAAAAUGGGGGACGCAAUACUCGGGCUUAUAGGGGCUGAUAAGGGAAGAGGGGCUUAAAGGGGACUGAGUGAUGGUAACUACCGGUAACAGCCCUCCAAGAUCCCGAGGCCACCAGUAACUGAGCUGAGAGGACCUGGAAGAUCGGAGCGGAUGCGCGCGCGCGCACGUAGGAGGCGGUGCCUCGCAGUCUCGCGGCGCCCGGGGCUGCUGGCGCGCCUGCGUCCGAGGACCGAGCCAGGCGGCCGCGCCCCGGCUAAGCGCCGAGCGCGGGUUGGGUGGUUCCCUCCUGGAGACUGGACCACGGAGCGGGCGCGGGUGAAGGCGUGGCUUCCUCGGAAGACGCCAUGGCCGAGCCCCUGAAGGAGGACGACGGUGAGGACGGUUCCGGGGAGCCCCCCGGGCCGGUGAAAGCGGAACCCGCUGGCACCGCCGCCUCGGUGGCGGCCAAGAACCUGGCCCUGCUGAAGGCGCGGUCCUUCGACGUGACCUUCGACGUGGGGGACGAGUACGAGAUCAUCGAGACCAUUGGCAACGGGGCCUACGGGGUGGUGUCCUCCGCGCGCCGCCGCCUCACUGGCCAGCAGGUGGCCAUUAAGAAGAUCCCUAAUGCUUUUGAUGUGGUGACCAAUGCCAAGCGGACCCUCAGAGAGCUGAAGAUCCUCAAGCACUUCAAGCAUGACAACAUCAUUGCCAUAAAGGACAUCCUGAGGCCCACUGUACCCUAUGGCGAGUUCAAAUCUGUCUACGUGGUCCUGGACCUGAUGGAGAGCGACCUGCACCAGAUCAUCCACUCCUCACAGCCGCUGACACUGGAGCAUGUGCGCUACUUCCUGUACCAGCUGCUGCGGGGCCUCAAGUACAUGCACUCGGCUCAGGUCAUCCACCGCGACCUCAAGCCCUCCAAUCUGCUGGUGAACGAGAACUGCGAGCUCAAGAUUGGGGACUUUGGCAUGGCCCGUGGCCUGUGCACCUCGCCCGCUGAGCAUCAGUACUUCAUGACUGAGUAUGUGGCCACUCGCUGGUACCGCGCCCCCGAGCUCAUGCUCUCGCUGCACGAGUACACGCAGGCCAUUGACCUGUGGUCCGUGGGCUGCAUCUUUGGGGAGAUGCUGGCCCGGCGCCAACUCUUCCCAGGCAAAAACUAUGUGCACCAGCUGCAGCUGAUCAUGACGGUGCUGGGUACCCCGUCGCCGGCCGUGAUUCAGGCUGUGGGAGCUGAGAGGGUGCGGGCCUAUAUCCAGAGCCUGCCACCACGCCAGCCUGUGCCCUGGGAGACGGUGUACCCGGGUGCUGACCGCCAGGCGCUCUCCCUACUGGGGCGCAUGCUACGUUUCGAGCCCAGCGCCCGUGUCUCUGCAGCUGCUGCCCUCCGCCACCCCUUCCUGGCCAAGUACCAUGACCCCGAUGACGAGCCUGACUGUGCCCCGCCCUUUGACUUUGCCUUUGACCGCGAAGCCCUCACACGGGAGCGCAUUAAGGAGGCCAUCGUGGCGGAGAUCGAGGACUUCCACGCACGGCGUGAGGGCAUCCGCCAGCAGAUCCGCUUCCAGCCUUCCCUGCAGCCUGUGGCCAGCGAGCCCAGCUGCCCCGACGUGGAAAUGCCCAGCCCCUGGGCUCCGAGUGGGGACUGCGCCAUGGAGUCCCCUCCACCAGCGCCACUGCCGUGCCCUGGCCCUGCGCCCGACACCAUCGAUCUGACCCUGCAACCGCCCCCACCAGCCAGUGAACCAGCCCCUCCAAAGAAGGAGGGGGCCAUCUCAGACAACACCAAGGCUGCCCUCAAGGCUGCCUUGCUCAAGUCCUUGCGGAGCCGGCUCCGAGAUGGCCCCAGUGCCCCCCUGGAAGCUCCUGAGCCUCGGAAGCCGGUGACUGCUCAGGAGCGCCAGCGGGAGCGGGAGGAGAAACGCCGACGGCGGCAGGAGCGGGCCAAGGAGCGGGAGAAGAGGCGGCAGGAGCGCGAGCGCAAGGAGCGGGGCGCGGGGGGCUCGGGGGGCCCCUCCGCGGACCCCCUGGCUGGGCUGGUGCUCAGUGAAAACGACCGCAGCCUGCUGGAGCGUUGGACUCGCAUGGCCCAGCCCCCUGCCCCUGCGCCCACAGCCCGGCCCCCCAGCCCUCCCGCUGGCCCUGCCACCCAGCCCACUGGGCCCCUGCCACAGCCGGCCUGCCCACCCCCUGCACCUGCAGCUGGCCCUGCUGCUCCCCAGACCACUGCCACCUCCAGCCUUCUGGCCCCCCAGCCACUGGUGCCGCCCCCUGGGCUGCGCGGCCCUAGUGCCCUGAGUGUUGUCCCUUACUUCCCCUCUGGCCCACCCCCUCCAGACCCUGGGGGGGCCCCACAGCCCUCCACAUCGGAGUCACCUGACGUCACCCUGGUGACCCAGCAGCUGUCCAAGUCGCAGGUGGAGGACCCUUUACCCCCCGUGUUCUCGGGCACCCCCAAGGGCAGUGGAGCUGGCUAUGGUGUUGGCUUUGACCUGGAGGAAUUCCUAAACCAGUCUUUUGACAUGGGUGUGGCUGAUGGGCCACAAGACGGCCAAGCAGACUCAGCCUCGCUCUCAGCCUCCCUGCUCGCUGACUGGCUCGAGGGCCACGGCAUGAACCCUGCCGACAUCGAGUCCCUGCAGCGUGAGAUCCAGAUGGAUUCCCCCAUGCUGCUGGCCGACCUGCCCGACCUCCAGGAGCCCUGAGGCCCGCAGUCCGUGCCUUGCUGCCAGGGGCAGACCCAGCUCCGAGAUCUGCAGGACUGUCCUGCUGGAGCCCUGCGCCCAGUCGGGGAAUCAGCUCAGAUCAUUCUGCAGCUUCAUCUCAGACCCACCCUGUGGCCUUAAGCAGCCACCUGAGCCAGCACAAGCCACACCAAGAGGGGGAGCCCCUCCCCCAAGCGAUUCUUUUCAGUAUCAUAAUUUUAUUAUUAUUAUUAUUACAUUAUUAUGAUGACACAGUUUUUUUGCCCUCGGAAGGUUGCCUGUGAAAUACAAGGUCUCCUCUA